GGGUAGGCCCUCUCGCUCUCACUGUGUCAGACUCAGACUGACUACUUACUUUGUUUGGUCUUCCUGCUCAUUUUAGUCUUACUGAACUUACUCACUGACAAUGACAAUGAGUUACACUUCUAUGUGACGAUAAUACCUUACAACAUAUGAGUAUGUAUUAUUGAAUUAUUGCUACUUAAACUUAAAUAAAAAUAAAUUGGUACUUAAUCUUCUUAGUAAGUAAGUCUAAUUAGAGUCUGCAUAUACUGGCAUAAAAAAUAUAUACUUAUAUACUGUCACUGUCAUAUAGCCGCUAUAGCCUCUAGACUCUAGAAUGCCUCUAGUUAGUAGUUUGUAUAGUAUUUAGUCAUACCUACUAAGUCUAAUUCUAAUAAAAAAGGAGUCUAUUUAAUGUAUGUCUUUAAAAAAAUGUUAAAGUAAAGUUACAAAUCUAAUCUAAUAAUUAUUAAAAUAUGAUUGAUUAACUAAAAUUAAUUAAUAAUAAUGAUACGGUAAAUUCAGAGAAAGCGGCCCGAGUCUAUUUCCAUGGCCGCCAUCUUGGUUGCCUCGACCCGCGCACUUUUACGUGUUCACGGGUCGAGGCAACCAAGAUGGCGGCCAGGGCAAAAUAAAAUAACUCAUGUUUGCUAAAAUUAGGAAGAAAACAUUAAAAAUUUAUGAAAAAAAUGUGUUAAAUCGAUCCCUAUGCCUAACCGGAACCCUAAAUUACUAAAGCUAUCCCUAGGCCUAACCUGAACCCUAAGUCACUAAAUCUAUCCCUAUGCCUAACCCGAACCCUAACUCACUAAAUCUAUCCCUAUGCCUAAACCGAACCCUAAAUCACUAAACCUAUCCCUAUGCCUAACCCGAACCCUAAAUCACUAAACCUAUCCCUAUGCCUAACCCGAACCCUAAAUCACUAAAUCUAUCCCUAUGCCUAACCCGAACCCUAAAUCACUAAACCUAUCCCUAUGCCUAACCCGAACCCUAAAUUACUAAAGCUAUCCCUAUGCCUAACCUGAACCCUAAAUCACUAAACCUACCCCUAUGCCUAACCCGAACCCUAAGUCACUAAAUCUAUCCCUAUGCCUAAACCGAACCCUAAAUCACUAAAUCUAUCCCUAUGCCCAACCCGAACCCUAAAUCACUAAACCUAUCCUAUGCCUAACCCAAACCCUAAAUCACUAAAUCUAUCCCUAUGCCUAACCCGAACCAUAAAUCACUAAAUCUAUCCCUAUGCUUAACCGGAACCCUAAAUCAAAAUCGAUCCCUAAAUCCUACGCCUAAAGCCACUAGUAAAAACACAUGGAAUUUACGUAAUGGGGCAAAAAAACGAUAAAAAUUAACAUAAAAAUGCCCAAAAUAAUUAUAACAUAAAGAAAUGAUGAAAAUCCAACUUACAGUUUCAUGAAAUACACUUUUACCCACUUUAUUUCAGGUUCCAACGCAAAUAUAGCUACAAAAUGAAUAAAUCUCCAAACCCCACAGGCACCCCAAAGAUAUCAAAGAUGGCACUACCAAAUAAAAAUGAUAAUGAGCCAACCAAUCAAAAUUUUAAAAUUCUAAUUAAUCAACCAAUAAAAUUUUAAUUCCGAAAAUGUAACUCUUUUAACAAGAACAUACAAAAAAAUAAGGGGAGUGAAUCCAAAACAAAGUCGUCGUGGGCCGCUAAAUCUGAAAUAGCCAAUGAUACUUAUACCGGUAGUAAAAGAUUUUUAAAAAACAAAGUGGCUAUUUGUACCCGGGUACCAGAAGAGGUUGGGAUUAAAAAAACUAUUUAAAAUUUUAUUGUUGGGUUUGGAAGACAAAAUGAAAGAUAAUUGAAUGGACUAUAUGUUUUUAAACUUAAUUCUUCAGCUUAAGUAAAAUAAACUACCACAAAUGACAUCCCAAUAGCACAGAGUCAAAAUGGACCCAGACACGCAGCGCCGCCAUUCGCACUCGGGUACCAUUAGACUCAAGCUAUUUGGAUGUCAUUUGUGGUAGCUUAUUUUAGUUAAACUGAAGAAAUAAGUUUACAAACAUAUAGUCCAUUUCAUUAUCUUUCAUUUGAUACCUCAUUUUGUCUUACAAACCCAACAAUAAAUAUUUUAAAUAGUUUUUUAAUACCAACCUUCCACUUCUGGUACCCGGGUACGAAUAGUUGCAGUCAAAAAAAAAAAUAUCAAUCAUUUACUAAUUUGUUGUUGUACCGGUAACUCUAAACACAUAAGUCCUGUUAUAUUAGUGUUUAUUGGCUUCAUGCAUAUGAAUGUAACUGAUUAGAAUUAAUCAUAGAAUUAAAUGUGUGAAUAUAAUAUAGAUACAUAACAAACAUAUUUAAUCCCAAGCAAGAAUUGAAUCACAGAUUUAAAUUAGUCGUCCCUUACUUCCAUCUACUGAUAUUUAGUCCAUAAUAAACAUUUAUAUGGACAUUCAAAUAAAAUUAUAAUUAAUAAAAAGUUUUUAUGUCACCUUUUUAUGUGAAAUUUCUCCCAAAAUCAAAUGAACUUUUGUGCAUAGAGCCCAGCUCUAAAUUCUAAACGCUUAAAUCAAAUUAUUUUCUUAAACGUUAAACAUUUUCAACUAUUCUCUCAAUAAAAUAAAACAAAUAAUGUUUUACUCUUAACAUAUUGAUAUAAAUAAAAGUAUUGUAUACAAACCAUGUAAGUCGCAUGAAGUUUCAACCGAAUUUGCAAAAGUUAUUUAAUUUUUGUUGUCUCCUGAAAAAUAUGGUCUUAAGCAUUUAGAGUAGUGGUUCUCAACUUUCCUAAUGCCGCGACCCUAUAAUACAGUUCUUCAUGUUGUGGCGACCCCCAGCCUCAAAAUAAUUUUCAGUGCCACUUCAUAACUGUAGAGCAUAUACGUUUUCAGAUGUUCUUAGACAACCCUUGGGAAAGGGUCGUGCGAUCCCCAAAGGGGUCGCGAGCCACAGGUUGAGAACUCCUGAUUUAGAGAGCUACAGUGACAAUAUAAACUAAGAUACAAUCAAUAAGUCAUUUUUUGUAAGGAAAUUAUUAAUUUCUGUUAUUUUUAUUGAUCAAUUUUAUAUAUGGAUUUCUUUUAUUAUCUCUUAAUUAUUAAUUUAAUCCUUUUUUUAAAAUGUAUCUUGCUUGGCUAAAAGCUUUAUUUAUCAAAUUUAAGUUAACUAACACAAACAUUGACUUUUACACAGAUAUAAUUCAAUCAGCAUAAUCAUUAUUCCUUGUGUUGUUGCGUCCAUUAAAAAUAUUUAUUUUUAAUACUUUUUGUAUUGACUGUUCAUUUGCAGCUGUUUUAAUUUUGUAUUUUAGAUUCUUAUCGUGGUAUGCUUACAAUGGAACUUAGAAGUCAAACUUAUCAUUUUAAUUAUUGACAAUAAUUACCAUGGCUUAUGACAACCUGGAUCUACGAAGUUUUCAACACUGUCGGAAAGAUGUUGACCUUGUAUGUUUCCUACUACCAAUCAACUGCCCACUCUGUAACCUGCCAACAGCCAACACAGAGAGUCGCAUACCUCCUUAUGUUCUCCCUUCACCAUUUACAUCUUCUUUGAAGUCUCCCAGAUCUCUUAUCCUCAAACCAACACAUGGUGAUUUUAUUACGUGAGUUUAUUUUUUUUUUACAAGUAUGUUUAUAAAGAUUUUUAGAAUUUACUUAUGAAUCUGUCAUUUUCAACAUAAGUUAUCAUUUUUUGCAAUACUUAAUAACAAAGAUUAACAAUGAUUGUUGUAAUACUUAAUCAUUUUUGCACCUGCAUUUCUAUUGUAUCUCAAAAAAUAAUUCUGUUUAGAGUAAAUUUAUCCCUGUUGCACCUUGGGCAAAUGGUGGGGGUGUUGGGAUUCUUAAUAAAUAUUUAAAUUGCACCCAACAAAUAACUGAAAUUUAUGUCUCCUCCCAAUCCCUUUCUCUCUGAAAUUGUGUUCUUCUCUGUAACUUUUACACACAUAAUAUAAAUAUUGCCCAGUAGAAAACAAUGUAGAAUUGAAUGUUGCUAAAAAUCUUAAAAACCACUCUGCUAUUUGAGUGUUUAGUCAACUGUACAUAGAAAAAAUUCUUGUACAUUGAAUGCUACUACAUCUGUACCAGAGUACCCAUUGGUUCAUCUGAUCUAUCUCUGUAGGUUAUAUGGCUUGCUUUUAUGACACUUUGUUAUUUAGUCAUUUGUUUUGGUUUCUAUUAUUUGCGCGUACAAAAUUUUUCAGACAAGAAAUUUGUUGAUUAAUGUUAUAAAUAUUAUUUCAUUUUUUAAAAAAAUAAAUUUAAAUAACUUUUUUAUCCAUGAAACUAAAAAACUAGAAAUUAACCAGAAAUGCCCUGACAGGCAUGAUGGACUUUUAUUUUGCAACUUCAUCAUCUUAGAUCACUUUAAUGUCUAUUUUACUGAUUUUUAUUUUUCAUCAUUUAAUAUUUUGUAUAAUUUGCUCAACCAUUUUAACUGCAAAAUUUCAACUCUGUAGCAUAUCAAAAGUGGAACCUACAACUUUCUCAUUAAUAAAUAAUAUUUGUCAAUUUUUAAAAAUUGACUUCUGGGCAAUUGGCAUUAAUUGAAAAUUAAUACACUCAUAUUUCAACAUCUAUUAGGAAUUAGUGGAACAAGAUAUGUAAAGGCUUUUCAUGAAUAGACAUGAGAAUUAAAAGGAUGUUUUGGCGAGAUGCCUUCUUCAGUAGACAAAGCAAAAAAAAGAAACAAUGAAGAAUUAAAAAUCAAUACUUAUAUUUUGGAAGAUUUCACCAUUGAAAACCAAGCGGAAGUUAAGUUUUUCUAUACCAAAACGUGCCACCCUUCAUAUUUGUCGUUCUUUUCUUUUCAAGCCUAAAAAUAUAUUUUUUAUCAUUUCCUUCUCAUGGCUUGAAGGCUGGAACACAGUCCUUCAUAUAUUAUCCAGCAUCUUUUAACUUCUCACUAACUUGGAAAUUAUUUAGUAAUAUUUUAAAAAUUUGAUCCAUUUUUUUUUCUUCAGGAGUUAUUCAAGAGCCUGUAACCUGCACAUAGGUAUUACUGAUGAAAGAGGUACAUUUUAUCACAAAUUAUAAUUUUGUCUGUAUGUAUGCUUAACUGUAAAGCUUUGUUCAAUAGGCACACAAAAUAAAAUUCUCAGAGAUUCUUACAUAACAGUGUUAAAAGAAAUGCAUGUUUUUUUUUACAAGCAACUUUAGUGGAUGGGAUGUUUUCAGAUUGCCGCUAACAUGGUUUGGCGGGUUAUUUCUAGUAUUUUAUUUUCAUGCUCUUAUCAAUUACAAUGAGAUGAGUUUAUUUUUUUCUUCCUACAUUCUUCAUUUUGUUUUCCUCUUGGCACAGGAUAUGUUUAUGACUUUGAUGAGAAAGGGCUAAAUCAGUUGUCAGUUUGGCCUGAGUGCUUACCAGUGAUAACAGCUGAUAUGUAUGAUGCUGAAGCAUGGGACCAAGCUCUGCAGUCUGUUUGUGGGCAUUCAGCUUCUUGGCAUGAAUCAAGGUGUUUAUUGCUAAAUAUGUCUGAAAGUUUAACCAAACAUUGCACAAACCAUUUGACGUGAAGAAGAAUACAUUUCAAACUGGCUUUUAUGGCAUUAAUGAAAUCAAGCGAGCGGCCAGUAUUUUUUUUUUUUUAUGGCUGUCCUCAGCUGUCAGGGUAAUGUGAAUUAAAGCUUUAAAUAAGCCAUAUAAACCCCAACUCAGGACAGUUUAAAGUGCUAAUCAGUAAACUACUUUAAAGGUAAGUGGGGAAAAUGAAACAUGGAAUGUUUGUCAUACAUUUUAUGGCAUUAAUGAAAUCAAGCGAGCGGCCAGUAUUUUUUUUUUUUUAUGGCUGUCCUCAGCUGUCAGGGUAAUGUGAAUUAAAGCUUUAAAUAAGCCAGAUAAACCCCAACUCAGGUCAGUUUAAAGUGCUCAUCAGUAAACUAAUUUAAAGGGAAGUGGGGAAAAUGAAACAUGGAAUGUUUGUCAUACUGUGCAAAAAUUUUCUUAGACUUACCAGUCAGUUCUAUUGAAGUUUCCCAGAAAAAAAUUCAAGUACCGACGAAAGCCAUUAAUAAAAAAUGACAACUGUGCUUUAUUGGUUUGCAGAAUCUUAGUUGGUCAGGCUUUUAGUCUUGCUAUACCUAAAAAAAUUAAAAGGUUCUGCUAAUAUUUAUUAUAAACCUCUUCAAAUUUGUUACUACCGUAAUCCAAAACACUUUCUGAAAUUUGUAUCUUCAAGUUUUCACAAUGGCAUAUCUCAAGAUAUAAUAUAUUUUUUCAACACUGAAAGGGGUUUUUUGUGUGUUUUUUAAAUGUUCUAUUCUAUUUAUAUUUAUAGAUAUCACGAGGACCAGUGGAAUUGUUUUGACUUUGUUCUGCAGUUCUUGCGACAGAUGCGGCACCCUGAGGUGAGCGGAGCGGUAACAAUGUCCAAAGCUGAGUUCUGCGAUCAUUACUUGACAAAGAAAGCCAAAAGAGCAGAGCAAUAUAUCCAUCUCUAUCGACAGGCAUUGCAAGAUGGUUGUGUACAAGUCCCAAAGACAGCAUCUUGAUAACUCAUAUAGACUUUAGUCUAACUUUCUAAUGGAGCUCCUUUGUUCAAAGUUGUAUUUAUUGAACGUGGUGUCUUGACUUUUUUAAUCUAUGAACUCAAUUUCUUUGGUUUUAAUGGUUUAAUGUGCCCACAUUUCAUCUAAAUUAGCUUGUUAAUGUGACUUGAACUUUAGGAUAACAAUUAAGCUGCUAAAUUACAAGAUUUUUUUUCUUUUAAAAAAUUGCUAUAAAGAAUUAUAAACCAUUGCUCUUUGUGACAUACAAACCAAGAAAGUAAAGUCACUGUUUUUGUUCUGCUUGGUUUCUACCUAACCCAUAAUAAAAUGUAUGCCGCUUUAGGAUUUUAAGAAAUUUUCAUGUGACUGAGGUGUUUAGACAGUUAUUACUGGGAAUGUUAACUUAUAUUGGGAACAUAAAUGUAUUACUAUUACCGUACUGGAAAAAUUGUAACUUAUUGGCUCAAUCCUAUCACACAAAUAAAUGACGUAAAGGGAGGGGGUGGAGGAAUUGUGUUUUGCUUUUUAAUAUUAAUUAUAGAAAUAUUUUUGUACUUAACAGCUUCUUCUAUAUGUAUUUCUGUACCGGUACUCAAGAAUAAUUAAUAUAUUAUCUCUAAAGAAAUAUAUUUACAUU